AUUCGUGUGCGACGCACUGUUGUUACUGUUCCGGCAUUUGAAUCCGAUCCGGGCAAGAACGACCACCGCGGUUCCAUCCGAGGUAAAAUUCUCGGUGGGCCCCACCAAAAGUCGAAGAGGAUACAGCGAGGACAAGAGGUUACGAGUAGGACACGUGGCGGCAACCCAGUGUGGCCCUCUGAACUCCGACGGACUGUAGAAAUCCGAAAAGAACAAAAUUUAAAAAAAGGAUGAAUCGGCAUUGACUCUGUGAUUGGCAGCGACUGCUGUCGAGGAAGCUUCGAGCUUUGGGGUCUCCUUUCACGGAAGAGCCUCCUUUUCUCUGAAGAAAGGCUCUGUUUCGCGACUUCUCUUUCGCUUUUUUCUUCUUUUCCUCUUCUUUUCCUCUUUUGGGUCGUCGAGACUCGCUCGUUAGAGGCCGAGUUCUUGAGGAAGAAGAUGAUGAGGCUGGGGAUACUGGCGCUGCAGCUGACGGAGCUGUGCGUGAGCUCGGUGGUGCAUUUGCUCUACGGGCUUUACAUAUUCAGCUCUGCCGUGGCCGGUGAUCUAUCGCAGGCGUUGUACGACUGCAUCUUCUUCGGCUUGAAGCAUAACGUGAAAUCCCAAGAAAUCCCCAGAGCUACCUCAUCGCCAUCGUCAUCAACCAAUGUCGAUGGUCUUCCUCCAAUCGUCCUGGUCCACGGGAUUUUCGGAUUUGGAAAAGGGAAAUUGGGAGGCUUAUCCUAUUUCGCUGGGGCGGAGAAGAAAGAUGAGAGAGUUCUGGUGCCUGAUUUGGGGUCUCUCACCAGCGUUUACGAUAGGGCCCGCGAACUCUUCUAUUUUUUGAAAGGCGGGCAGGUUGAUUAUGGCGAAGAACACAGUAAAGCCUGUGGGCACUCGCAGUUCGGACGGAUCUAUGAACAAGGGCAUUACCCCGAGUGGGAUGAACAUCAUCCUAUUCAUUUUGUCGGGCAUUCAGCAGGAGCGCAGGUUGUUCGCCUUUUGCAACAGAUGCUAGCUGAUAAGGCAUUUAAGGGAUAUGAGAACACUUCAGAGAACUGGGUUUUGAGCAUUACUUCAUUGUCUGGAGCUUUCAAUGGGACCACUAGGACCUACUUGGAUGGAAUGCAACCUGAGGAUGGACGAUCCAUGAAGCCGAUGUGUCUGCUUCAGUUUUGCUGCCUUGGAGUGAUAAUAUAUGAUUGGUUCGACAUUCCUUGGCUCAAGCGUUAUUACAAUUUUGGAUUUGAUCACUUCAACAUGUCCUGGAAAAGAACUGGCAUAUGGGGUCUUGUCGACUGCCUAAUGGGGAAUGCCGGCCCAUUUGCUUCAGGGGAUUGGAUUCUCCCUGACCUCACAAUCCAAGGGUCAAUACAACUCAACAGUCAUCUGCAUACUUUUCCCGACACAUACUACUUCAGUUACGCUACGAAACGCACUCGGAAGAUCAUGGGAGUUACCGUUCCCUCGAGCAUACUCGGGAUCCACCCUUUGCUUUUUAUAAGGGUGUUGCAGAUGAGCCGAUGGCGUCAUCCUCCAGAUGUCUCUCCACCUCACAAAGGUUACAGGGAUGUGGAUUGGCAGGACAAUGAUGGAGCGUUGAACACCAUAUCUAUGACACACCCCCGUUUCCCAGCUGAACACCCGAGUCGUUUUGUUCUGAGCGAUUCCGAAUGCCAACCUCUACAGUCUGGAAUCUGGUACUACAAGAUUGUGGAAGCAGAUCACAUGUUUUUCAUCAUAAACCGGGAGAGAGCUGGUGUUCAAUUCGACCUCAUGUACGACAGCAUCUUCGAACGCUGCAGAAAGCACGUCUUCAGGAACAACCCACCUACAUUUCCCAACCAAGCCCACCCAUAGCAUAGAAACAUCCCAAGAGGUAGAAAUGUACGAGGAAACCAAUUGGUUCGCGUGCUGAUAUAUGGCACUUUUUUCAUGUUGACGUAAAAUGCAGAUUCCGCCAUCCUAAUUUCGGCCUAGCCGGAAAAUUACAGCCUCCGUAAACAAAUUGAUCUUUGAUUUACUUGGUGUUAAACUUUCUGCACGACUUGAAAAGGUUAUGGUGAGCUGAGAUCGAACUCGAGAUCUCAUGCAUCUCAAGGUGGAAAAUUUCAUUUGCCUCGCCAA